AUGAGCACGUUCAGUAUCCCGCUGAAGGUGUUGUUCGACGCUAUUGGAACGACGAUCUCGCUGGAGGUGUCUAACGGGGAGCUCUACACGGGCACGCUGAGCGAGGUGCAGGAUAACAUGAAUGUCAUGCUCACAGCCGCAAAGAAGACGGUGAAGUCGGGGCGCACAGUGGAAAUGAAGAGCGUGUUUGUCCGGGGCGCCUCUAUUGUUUUUUUCCAGCUUCCCGACGCUCUGCGCACCAGCCCGGCGUUGGUGAAGGCGGGGCAGGUGAUGACCAACGCGUUGGACGAUAGGGGAAACGGCAAGGGGUUUGGCGCACGGCGUACAUUGAAGCGAGGACGCGACUAA